AUGUCGCUCACGCUCUCCCCCGCGCUCGCGCCCUUCCCCCACGCCGCGCUCGCCCUCGCCCUCGGCGCGGGCCGCGACGUGCACUGGGCGCAGGACGUCAAGGACGUGAUCCUCAAAGAACCCGACGGCACGGAGCUCGUCGGCGAGGACGCGAUCGUGGAUAAGCUCGCGGCCCCCUCCGGCCCCAGCUCCUCCGCCGCCGUCGCCGCCCUCAUUCAGAACCUCAAAUCCGCCGCGCUCGACCCGAAACCCCAACCCAAACCCACAGACCUCCCCGCCAUCCACGCCGCCCUCACCGCGCUCGACGACCACCUCGCGUACCGCACCUACCUCGUCGGGCGCGCGAUCAGCGGCGAGGACUGGAGGUUGUGGGGCGUGGUGAAGGGUGCGUGU